CGCGGGGGCGGCUGGGCUCGGGCUCCGCUCCGCUCGGGCUCCGCGGGGCGGCUCGGCUCGGCGCGGCGCGGGAUGGACGCGGACGCGCAGGGCUGCGUGGCCUCCUGGUGGGACAUGGUGGUGCGGAACCUGCGAUCUUUUCCACAUUCCUGUUCAACGCUUGGAAGAAAAAUUGCCUCUCUGUAUCACAGCUUUACCAGUAAACCAUUAAAAGAACACAUUUUUCCACCUCUGAUGAACAUGCUAAUAUUUUUUAAUUUUUUCAAAGCACCAUUCCUCGUGGAUUUAAAGAAACCAGAGUUAAAGAUUCCUCACACCGUGAACUUCUAUAUCAGAGUUGAACCUGGGGUGAUUCUGGGAAUCUGGCACACAGUUCCCAGCUGCCGGGGGAAAGAUGCUAAGGGGAAGGACUGUGGCUGGUAUGAAGCAGCCCUUCAUGAUGGCAAUCCAAUUAUUGUUUAUCUUCACGGCAGCGCGGAACACAGGGCAGCUCCUCACAGACUUGAGCUAGUCAAGGUGCUGAGUGAUGGUGGCUUUCAUGUCCUGUCUGUGGACUACAGAGGGUUUGGGGAUUCCACGGGUGAGCCCACAGAGGAGGGGCUGGCUUCAGAUGCCGUCUGUGUCUAUGAGUGGACCAAAGCAAGAAGUGGCACCACGCCUGUGUGUCUCUGGGGCCACUCUCUUGGUACAGGAGUUGCAACCAAUGCUGCAAAAGUACUAGAAGAGAAAGGAUUCCCAGUUGAUGCUAUUAUCCUAGAGGCUCCAUUUACCAACAUAUGGGUUGCAAGUAUCAAUUAUCCUUUGUUAAAGAUUUACCGGAAACUGCCAGGAUUUUUACGCACACUUAUGGAUGCCCUGAGAAAAGACAAAAUAGUCUUCCCUAAUGAUGAAAAUGUUAAAUGCCUGUCUUCUCCCCUUCUCAUCAUACAUGGUGAGGAUGACAACACGGUACCUUUGGAGUUUGGAAAAGAGCUCUAUGAAAUUGCACACAAUGCAUAUAGGAACAAAGAGAGGGUCAAGAUGGUGAUCUUUCCUUCUGGUUUCCAGCACAACUUCCUCUGUAGAAACCCUACACUACUAAAAACUGUGAGAGAUUUCCUGAGCAAGCAGUGGGCAUGAGGUCUGACAGUAACGGAAAUCUGCAGUGAAGACUUGGUCCAAACACCACCCAUGAUGCAUAUUUUUUAUGUAAAAUUGUACUGGGCUGCUUCGAUGAGCUGGAGUCACUGACAUUUCUACAAGUCACUUGCCAUCUUAGUAAGGGAAAGCAUGGAUGUUGGGCAUUAUUGAAAGUUCUCAUUUAGCUUAUCAUAGUCUACUUUGGAACAAAUGGAAACCUCACUGUAGAGUAUCAGAAUUUAGUAAAAUUUGGAUCCCAUUGAAAAAUGUGUGGUUACCAAACAUGCUAGGGACAUUUGUGAAUAAAGUCUUGGUUGGGUCUUAA